AUGCAUUCCCUCAUCCGCCCCAAUGCCUGGGUUGGCCUCAAGCUUCCCUCAGGGUCAACAAAGAUCAUCCAAAUCGUUCCAGAUACGACGAUCUCCCUAGGAAAAUAUGGCGCAUUUCCCGCAAACCUUGUUCUCGGUCGCCCGUAUCAUCUCACCUUCGAAGUAUUAGACAAGACUCCCGAAGAGGCUUUUUCUCGUCUUCGAAUCGUUCCCGCCAGCGAGCUCCACGCCGAGGUCAUCGCCGAAGAGGACGAGGCCGAAGGGAAGACCACUGCGGCAGACCGAGAUGCCAAUGCCGUGCUGACCGCGACCGAGGGCGAAGAGUUCAGUUUGGUGGACGAGCAGGGUAAUAUCGUUGCUCGAUCCGGCCGCGAAGUUAUCGACGACAGCGCCAUCCAAAAGUUGACACACGACGAGAUCGAGGAGCUCAAGCGGGAGGGAAACAAUGCCGGCAAGGAUGUAAUCGCCAAGCUGAUGUUAUCUCAUACAGCCCUCGACCAGAAGACGACGUUCAGUUUGGCCAAGUACAAGCUACUCAAGACGAAGAAGUACAUCCGCCGCUUUCAGGUCGUCCCCAUCGACGUCGCUACUUUUGCGCAAUGGCAGUUGGAGGAGAAGGAUGCUAGCAAGAUCAUGGACAUGCGCGCCGAAAUGUUUGGGCUUGUCGGAUGCUGGGGAAAUGUGCACUACGGCGGCGAGGACAGCAUGAUUGACGACCCCCACUCUCGGACCGACCAGGGCGAGGAGACGUGCGUUCCAAUUCAACCAGAUGAGCUCAAGGGCAGGUGGCUAGUGGUUGACGAUACCUGCGGCAUGUUGGUGGCAGCCAUGGCUGAGAGAAUGGGGGUGCUAUACCCAAAGGAGGAGGAGGGCGAAGACGCGACUGUGACUGAACAGGCACCGGCAAGAGAGGCCAAGCAGGAGGUCAAGACAGACGCCCAGACUCAGAAUGGAACCGCGCAGGAAAAUGGGGAUGUUGACAUGGUAGAUGUGGUGCCGGAAACGACAGUACCUGAAAGGCCCAAGAUGACAACAACCAACAAGAAGCAAAAGGUUAGGCCCAGGGGGUCCGACUUUGCCAUUCCGUUCUCCCAAACCAAUACCCUCACGGUCAUUCACAGCACCAGCCAGCCAAACCUCUCGCUCCUCAAUUACUGGAACUUUGACGUCACAGCACCAAAUCACCCACCCCACCCUCUUCUCAACCACCUCCUCAACCUCACCUGGUUACAACUCCUCAAGCCUGAGCUUGACACCUCAUAUUCUACCGAACCACCGACAGCGUCGGCAGAGGAGCUGGCUUCAUGGAAGCCUAGCCGUCGGGGUAACUUUCACCGGAAGCGCCGUCGGUUUGCGCGCACUCGGUACAUUGUCGACUCAACGCGUGCCGGUAACUUCUCAGGUCUAGUUUGCGCCUCGUCCAUGGACCCCAUCUCCAUUCUCAAGCACACCCUUCCACUGUUGGCAGGGGGAGCCCCUGUUGCCAUCUACUCGCCCUCCAUUGAGCCAUUGGCUGCGUUGGCUGACUGCUUCAGCGUCCCCCGGCGCACCGCCUGGACAAGCGGGAACGUGCCCGAGACGGUAGGGAAGAGCCUGGAGGAACUGGAGCGCUGGGAAGGGAACGAGCAGUUCCCGUUGAAUCCUACCUUACUUCAGGGCGUGAGCAUACAGACCAGCCGCGCCAGAAGAUGGCAGGUGUUGCCCAUGAGAACACAUCCCCUUAUGACGGAGCGUGGAGGAGCCGACGGGUAUGUCUUUACUGCGUGGAGGGCAAAGCCAGCCGAGGGCAGAGUGGAGGCCAGAGGAAAGUUCAAGAAGAUUCAACCCAGCAGUACCAAAAAGGCUGCCAAGAUAGACGGGGAGGGCACGCCAGUUGAAACACCAGCGACGGGCGAGGAGGAGGAUAGUGCUACGGCUGGGAAGCGGAAGAGAGCCGACACCUUACCGCCUCUGGAUACGGAGGGGACUCCGGCUCCCGAGAAUGCUGCGACAGGUGAUGUCGCGUCACCGACCAAGAAACGGAAGGUUGACGGUGAGGCGAAGGUGGAGGAGGUAUAA